UAUAGUAGACAACUCUACAACCCUACCAAACAGAAAGAGAACCGGCUGUGGAAAAAGUGUUCUAACGUGCAUAAACAUAUUCAUUUUCGACAAAAUGAUGCGCUCCCUAGCGCACAACUUGGAAAACGGCGAGAAGCGCACCAGCGAUGUGGAGCCAGGUCAGGUGCUAUCCUUUUCGCAGCUGCGAUUGAAGCGCGAUGUCAUGCGCGGCUUACAGCGCAAUAAAUUUAUGACGCCGACUCGCAUCCAGGCGGCUGCCAUUCCACUCGUGCUCGACGAAAUGGAUCUGCUGAUACAAUCGAAGAGCGGCACUGGAAAAACUCUGAUCUAUGUGCUGGGUGCCAUGAAUAGUUACUUUCCGGCUAUGCGCUGGCCGCAUGCUCUGAUCGUGGUGCCCACGCGGGAACUGGCCAUACAGGUGGAGGACACCUUCUUCUACCUGUCGUACUAUAUGCAAGGCUUCCGUGCCCACGCCUUUAUUGGUGGCACCGAUGUUACCAAAGAUCGAAAACGCAUGAGCGAGAGCCGCGUGAUUAUCGGCACACCCGGACGCUUGUUGCAUCUCUACCACAAUCGUGUUUUCGACGUGACCAAAAUACGUCUUCUGGUGCUGGACGAGGCGGAUCAGCUGUUUGUCACCAAGGGCCUGCAGGACACCGUCACUGAGCUGAUCAACGUGCUGCCCGAACGCCGCCAGGUGAUUGCUUGCAGUGCCACCUACGAGAACAACCUCGACGAGCGUCUGGCCAAAAUGAUGCGGAAGCCCGUAUUGAUUUCAAACAGCGAGCGCGCCACUGUCCUCUUGGGUAUACGUCAGUUCGUUUAUGAUGUGCCCCAGCAGAUCAACAGCAUCCAGGAGAUGCGCUGCAAGCUGGAGGCCGUUUUAAAGAUAUUCGCUCAGUUGCCGUACGAGCAGGUCAUUCUUUUUGCCAGUACCCAAAUGCGAGCGGACUCCUAUCGCAACUAUCUCAUGAAGAGUGGCAUCCAGUGCAGCCUGCUCACAGGCGCUAUGGACCAGGCCGAUCGCUUGGAUGUUUUCGAGAGCUACAGGUCCUUUAACAUGCGCACCCUGGUGGCCACGGACGUGAUGGCACGCGGGGUAGACUCAAAGCACGCCAACCUGGUCAUCAAUCUCGAUCCGCCUAAGGAUCACGUAACCUAUCUGCACCGCAUCGGACGAGCCGGUCGCUUUGGCUCCCAGGGCAUAGCCAUAACCUUUGUCACCCCCAAGGAGAGCGAGACAUUCAACAAGAUUCUGUCCGCCUGCACAACGGGAAUGUCGGUUCUGGAGUACCCUAAACAACUGACCGAGUCUGAUAACUUCAGUUUCUGGGAUUUCGACAAGUACAACUUCCCAUACUACGUGAAGACCGAAAACACUCUCAUUGACGAAAUGCCAGUUAGAGGGGGAAUAGCACAAAACGCCACGGAAAAGACUGACAAAGAUGCAGAGAAGGACGACGAAGCUAUCGGUAGCAAUGAAAAUAUAGAAAAGGCUUUUAUCCAGACCCAGGAGAAGGUUGUGGGCCAUCAACAACAGCAAGUGUUGAUAGAAUCUCCCAUUAGUGUUGUAGGGAUCAACGGCUCGAAUGCUGGCGAGGUUGGAUCGCCAGAGAUUCCUAUAAAUGAACCUGAAAAGCUGCAGUUGCUCCAGAAGCACACUGAUCUUGUCAAAAAUGCAAGCGCCCAAACGGAAAUGGCUCAGCAACCUGCAUUUUAUAAACAAAUUAUUGUUAAUGCGUCUUCCAAAUCCACUAAGGAGCUUCCCCAGCUCGAAGACAAGGCAGUUUCCACUUUGGAAGAUUUGAAACCAACACCAGACAUGGAGAAGCCAAUUUUGGUCAUCACAAAAGAUGCUCAAAUUCCAAACAGCAUCGAGUCGUCUUUCAUUGACGAUCAAAAUCAGGAAGUUGGAAAAAUGGAUGUUGAAAUUCAAGGAAAGAAUAGCCUGAACCCCGAUGAAGUUUUUUCUCCGGAGUUGACGCCCUCGUUGACUCCCCUGGAGAUAUCCCAGGAACCAUCCCCAACCACAGUGACGCCACCAGUGCCGCCAGCCAACUCAAUCAACACCAAGACCUACUGCCUGGUGGCUCCGCAUAACUUCAGCUCGUCGACUACCCUGCAGCCCAUGAUCAUUUCGAACACGGUGGACGAUGCCAGCAGCAUCAGCUCGGAUAGCUUGGAGAGUGGGCUCUCGGCCAGCCAGAGGUCGAGUUCGUACGAGAGCAUCUUCACCACCAGCGAUGAGGCGGAGAUUUGGAAGCGCUACAAGACAAAGGAGAAGAAGCGUGUCUGCCGUUUUCCCAUUCGCCGUCCGCUGUGCUAUGAUUGGCUACACCGACCUCCCAACAAAACUAAGCGUCGCAGGACAAUUCGCCAGAAAAAGACCUACGAGAGCUUCUCUCUUUUCCCCGGCUCUAAGUACUCUGAUAUGCUCAAGAAAUUCCAAAACCGAAAGAGCAUUAUGGAUAGGCUGGACAAGUAUAUCGAGACCAAAGAUUUAAAGGGUCCGGAGGUGGACAGGCUCAUGAGCACGCUCUACGACUCUGUUAUUGAACUCUACUAUCCAAAUGGAACAAAAUCUAGUUCCCCCAAACCGGAAGAGAUACCGAAAAACGACAAAAAACUAAGCGAUGUUUCGCCGGAGGAGGAGACUAAUAAAUCGUCCUUGGAACCGGAAGGACUUGCUGGACAGCAAAAAGACGGCAAAGAACCAAUCCAUAUUUUGCAGGGAGAUCAGACUGACAAACCGUCCUUGGAACUGGAAGUCCAGCCAGAAAAGAAUAAGAAAUCAGACCAGUUGCCGGAGGACCCGACUGAGAAAGCAUCCUUAGAACUGCAAGCAAAUCCAGACAUGGAAGAGGAACCUAUCAAACUGAGUAUUCAUGUCACUCACAACAUGAACAUUGCCCCAGUCCAGCCGCCAGAGGAGGAAUCUGAUGCAGACGACAGUGCGUCCAGCGAGGCGGGAGACGAUGAGUCCAGUUUGGAUGAGUUUGUCGAAAGUGACGAUCACAAUUCCUCAAGUGGCUUCGUGGAGAGCAACGAUAGCGGAUCAUCCGGAAUAGACACCUCGGAGUACGAUGCCAGCGACACUACUGUGGGAGAGGAGGACGACUAUGGCGACGAUGAAGAUGAUGACAGCUACAACCCGAACUACGAUCUGGAAUUGACGGUGGAAGAGCUUGAAUGCGAGGAGGAGCAAGAGGAUGAGUACGAGGGCGAAAACUUGGACGACUACAAGUACGAAAAUGAGAUAAUGGAAGUGCCCUGCCAUGUCAGCCUGGCUGGAACCAGCUCUGAGGGAACCGAGGAAGCAGCCAGCAGCGGCGAUGGCGAGGAGGAGGAUGAGGAAAAUUCGGAUGAGGAGGAGAAUCAAAAGAUCCUAAAUUUGUGGCAGAAAACAUUCGCCCAGCAGUAUCAGUUUAUUGCCUCGCAUGUGGCCAACUACAUGGCCCACACCCGGGAAAAUGAAGACUAAACUACUAGACCCCAACUAUAUAUCCAAAAUGGCUAUAAAAGCAAACUAGUCGAAGCUCAGGCAGUACGAUUACAUUCUCUAUAAGAAACGGAUCUGUUCCAGAGAGGCUGCAUCAGUCUCUGUUUAUACCUUUAUAAAAUUUUUACUUUUCCCAUUUGAAUACUCAAUAUCAAACUAGUUGGUACACUGUUAUGGACUAUUGAAUUUAAACUAUAAAUGUUUUACAUGCAAACAGGAAAAUGCUGCAUGCUUUAUUUACUAACUUGAACAGGAAUAUAAAGUUGAUGCGAUUACAAUCCAAAGACAAGGUUGUAGGCUCAGUUGUUACGAUGGAAAUGAAAGCUAAAAAGUUUAUAUGAUAUAUGAUUUAGUUAUAGGAUUAUAGCAAACUGCUAUGUGAUACAUCAAUGAUGGAAGUAAAAUUUCAUACGGUUAUAGUAAUGUAGGUCUUUUCGGAUAAGAAUGAAUCUAAAUCAUUUCAGUUAAAGUUUUUUUUGAUACAUUAUUUUUUAUUAUUUAUAAAGAGACUUAUAAGAUGAAUAACAUUUUGAAGAUAUUUGGUUCUUAUUACAAAACCAGGCCUUGAUAGUCCUGACUGUUCUUUUUCUCAAAUAAAUUAAAUAAAUAUUAUUUUCUAAAUAA